GAGGCACAUAUUUCAGUUCUAAUUAAUGAGUAUCUGCAGAUCCCGUGUGAGGAACCAAAUCAAACCGAACGUCAAAAACUUGCAAGGCGCUAUUUACGAAAUUUUGAUGUUAUAACCGAAGAAGAAGAAAUAAUUAUAGAGAUGUUUAGGGAGCUGGUUGACAACGAGCGGUCCUCAUUCACAAGAAAUUAUGUUGUUGAAGACACCCACACAAUUCGAAACAUCACUCCAAUAAUAUUAAAACCUUUUUUUAAGAACAAUAAAAGAAUAACCUUUGAAGGGGCGAAUAAAAUGUCGGAAUCAUCGGCAAUCGCAAAUAGACGCUUUGAUCCUGAACGUUUGGGUACGAAACCUGAUUUCACUGUAAUAACCACGAAUCCACAAAAACACGUUGAAUUGUUUAUCGUUGAGAUCAAACCGAAUAAAACGAAUAAUGCUCUUGUUUUGGAGGAUCUUGUCUCGCUCGGGAAAACGAUGAAGUGUGCGAUAGAUAAAUCUAUCGAAGACGGUGCAGAUGACCUAGUCAUAUGUGGCAUGCAGGGUUCUUGGGAAGAGCCUAUCUGA